CGUUCCCGGAUGGGCUCGUAGGCAACUGGACCACGGCUACCAUAGGAACGCUCGUCAUAACAAAAACGACGUUACAAACGACGUCAACGGCUUAUUUGAGUACGGCGCAAAAGUACGAAUGCAUGUUCAACUAUACCUUCAACAAUGAAACGUCGUACGUUUUGAAGUCGACAACCAGCAAAGUGAUCAUCAGCGGAAUUCCAGCUCUAUUUUUCUGGAUGUGUAUAGAAUUUCACGAAAGUCACGCGGACGCUUAUUACCAUUAUAUAAAUAUGCCACUCGGUACCGGAGUGAUUGUAACGCGUCUAAGCGCCCAAUUAUCCGGUGCGGACGUUAAAGGAUACAAUGUGUGUACAACAGCAAGGGCAUUGGAGGAAUUCGAACCCAUGAUUCGAGAAGGCACGGCACUAAAUGGCUCAAGCGCGUGUCCGGAACCCCUGAUUGGUACGAACUAUUUCGACUACAUCACGACAUCCGGCACCAAGGAUUGUUCCACCAAUUACACAGGCUACCUGGAAUCGUGCUUUGAUCAGAACAAGACACGCCUGGAUGUGGUCACAAACACGAGCUGCACGGCAAACCCGUUUUCAACAACCGGGAAGCAAUUGAACUGCCUGUUCACCAUUCCAAUCGGAAACGAAACCAGCGACAAAUACAUCACCAUGUUGUACAACAUGGACAAAGGGGCCGCGUCCCCUUUCUUCUGCAUGUUUCUAGACGGUCUAGACAACUCAACUAGGUCGAAGGCAAGCGUCGCUCCAGGCACGUGCGUUUUAGGACAAAACGCGUCAGUUGUCCCAACUUCCGGUUUCCGCUUGGAGCUCUACACUAACGAUACAUGUAACGGCGCACAACAAAAUCAGGCACCACCGUUUUGCACUUCCGUUUGCAUGAUGACGUUUGCAGUUUUGAAGUUUGUUGUGUUGACACCACUUUGACAUUUAAACAGCACUUAAACAGGUCUUUGAGCGGGUUGAGGACCAGAAAGUUCAUUAACUGCAACAUCUUCAAGUUUUUGUUAUGUUGUAUAUACUUUGGAAGACUCCGUAAUAUGCAUAAAGCUUCUUUCUAAAGUGUAACAUAUUAAAGAUGGAUACAAAUUACUGGAUCAAUCUUAUAAAUGGGCCUCAGAAAUUUUUCAAAUUUAAAGACACAAAUAUUAAUUUGAUAAUUUAUCUAAACACUUGUGAUAUUUUAUUUGUGUACGGCAUCCUAAAAAGAGCGACUAUAUUAUUCAAACCAAUCGUCGACAAUCAGAUACUAAAAAGUAAAAACGUUUUGCUAGAACAAUAAAUGGACAUACUCUUAA